AUGACCUUACCGACAUCAAUUGACACAGACAAUCCAGUCUACUUCUGGAAACCAGAAGGCGACUAUGGCUUCCUGGGUCAAUGGUGGCCCUCCUCAUUCUCAUGGAAAACCGACGACGAGGAAUACACUUAUGCGAGCGCAGAGCAAUAUAUGAUGCACCGCAAAGCCCUACUCUUCGCCGGUCCCGAAGACCCCAUAACUCUCCAAAUCCAAACAGGCUGGAAAUUGCGUCCCUCCGUAAUCCGAGAUCUGGGUCGACAGAUCCCCAAUUUCUCAGAAGAGGCGUGGCAGCAAAAUCGAUAUGAGAUUGUGUUGGAGGGCAAUUACCUGAAGUUCUCGCAGAACGAGGAGCUUAAGGAAAAAUUGCUGGAGACGGGGGCUCGGGAGCUGGUUGAGGCGAGCCCGAGGGAUAGGAUAUGGGGGAUUGGGUUUGGGGCGAGGCAUGCAGGUGCAAAUAGGAGGGAAUGGGGGCUGAAUUUGUUGGGGAAAGUGCUUAUGGAGACGAGGGAGAGGCUAGUUAGGUAG